AUGAGCGAGCUGCAGCUGCUGCUCACGCGCACAAGGCUGCUGGAGAACGAGGACGUCAGGGAACAUGUCCGGAAGUUUGAUGAGCUGUUGUUGGAGGCUGAGGAGCUUGUAGACUACAUCAAGCAAUGCCCCAACGAGAAUCACAUCAAAGAAGAUAUGGAGGAGAGCGAAAGCGCAAUCACCCAAUGUCUGGAGAGUUACAAUGCCUUGUCAAAGCUAUUAUCGCCAGAAGAAAAAGAAAUAUUCGAACACAAUCUCGGUCAUGAAAUCAAAGAGCUCAUCGCAGAGAUGCAAACGUUGCAGCAGAAGUUCCAAGGGAAGUAUAAGCCCCGAAGACGGAGCUCUAUCUCAAUUAUGCAGCUACAAAACUUCGCACUUCUGAACAAGGAGGGGGGUGACUUUGCGGCCGUUGACGUUUCUGGAGUGUCUGAAGUUUGCAAGAAGACCUUACUGGGGCUGCCAUCCACACGGAGGGUGUCUAACGCCACAAUUACAUUUAUUCCUUCCGAGGCAGGACAACUGAUAUUGACCUACUUUCUUCAUGCUGAGAUCUUGUUGCAGCUCUCUCCUCGCUCAAGAAUUUCUUUUGCAAGGAUGCCACUGAGCCUUCUCAAACGAGUAGACGCGAAGGAGCUUGUAAGUAGUCUGCUCAAUAAUUUGCCGCGAGUGCUAGUGGAAACAAGUCUGACGCUACGGAAUUUCUUCUCAACAUCGAGCGAAGCAGAACUUUCAGAGCGGAUCGCAGUGACUUUCAACACUCAUGAUGCAAACAAAUCGGGAACACUAGAAGUCUCUGAGCUCCUUACGGCAUUUGCGGAGAUGGGUGCACCAAAGACAGCGGAUGAAGUUCGAGUUCUCAUUGAACAAUUCGAUGCGGACGACAACGGGGAGUUUGACAUCGAAGAGUUCGAACACAUGGUUCGACACCUGCUGGAGAUCAAAUGCAAGUCUGGAUGUACUGUCUGCAAAAAGAUCAAGGAAAUUCUGGAGAAGAUGGAGCUGGAAAAAAUGUCGGUGGAGAGCACAGAGGACGAUGGAAAGCCAAAGAAGAUCUACUGGCGCCCAUAA